AUGCAUUCUCUCAAUGAUUAUUCUGUCUUCACUAAGCGAUCUGGGGCUUCUUUGGUUAUAUUGGCUGUUUAUGUAGAUGACAUUAUCCUAAUUGGUACUGAUUUGUCUGAAAUUUUUGCCCUGAAGAGUUUUCUUCAUGAUCAGUUCAAGAUCAAGGAUUUAGGUCUCCUUAACUAUUUUCUUGGUAUUAAAUUGAAGGCCAAGAAAGGUGAACUUUUGCCUAAACCUGAAGAGUAUAGAAGUCUCUUAGGCAAGCUGAUUUUUUUGACCCAUAUAAGACCUGACCUCAGUUUUGCAGUCCAACAUUUGAGUCAAUUUAUGCAGCAGCCUUGCAUACCACACAUGAAGGCUGCUCUUCAUCUUCUCAGAUAUCUUAAGGGUUCAGCUGAUUCUGGGAUCUUUUACAACAAUGAUCCUGCUAUGUCCUUACAGGUGUUCUGUGAUAAUGAUUGGGCCUCCUACCCUGACAGUAGGAGAUCAGUCACUGGGUUCUGCAUCUUCCUUGGAGGCAGUUUGGUGGGUUGGAAAUCCAAGAAGCAACACGUGGUUUCUCUUUCCUCAGCAGAGGCCGAGUACAGAGCUAUGACCAAGUUGCUCUUCAUUGCAAAAAAUCCUGUCUUUCAUGAGAGGACGAAGCACAUAGAACAGGAUUGUCAUUUUGUGCGUGCCAAACUUGGAGAUGGGCUGAUCUCUCUGGUUCACACUCAUAGUGCCUCUCAAGCUGCUGAUCUACUUACCAAGGUUCUACCUGGUCCUGCUCAUCACUUACACAGUCGCAAGUUGGGGGUUUUGUCACCCUCCAACUUGAGGGGGGUUGUUAGGGUUGGCAAAUUAGAUGCUGGUUAA